AGCCUGGAAGCAGCCGUUGACAGGAUGUUUGCUAUGCACCCUCCCAAUGCUUCUCAAGCACCUGCCAUUCAUCUGGUGAACAGUUCCUCUUCAGAUCAUACAGAGCUGGUGAAGACUCCAUCGAGUGCUUCUUCUCCUGCUGCCCCCAUCUUCUCCAUGACCUUGGGGGCAGUCUCUAAUAUCGUGGCCUUGAUCAUCCUAGUGCAGUCCUACAUCCGCUUACGGCGUCGUUCCAAGGCCACGUUCCUGCUAUUUGCCAGCAGCUUGGUUAUCACAGACCUAGCAGGCCAUAUCAUUCCAGGCUCCUUUGUGUUGCAACUGUAUGCCACACGGCGCGGUUGGGCAGCCAUGGAUCCCACCAGAGCUCUCUGCCAGUUCUUUGGUGCUUCCAUGGUAUUCUUUGGACUAUGCCCUCUCUUUCUGGGCUUCAUGAUGGCAGUGGAGCGCUGCAUUGGCAUCACUCGCCCUCUGCUUCAUGCCACAGUGGUCACGCCAGGCCGAACGAAGCUUUCCUUGGUAGGACUGUGGGCCACUGCUCUUGCCAUUGCCCUGAUGCCUCUCUGCAGUUUUGGAAAAUAUGUUGUCCAGGCCCAAAACACUUGGUGUUUUAUCAAGGUGCGAGAGGCAGAAGAAUGGUCCGAGAUAGCUUUUGCCCUGCUCUUCUCCCUUUUGGGUUUGGCCUCCCUGGUGGCCUCUCUCAUCUGCAACACGUUCAGCGGGUUCAUCCUGGUGCGAGCUCGUCUCCGUGGUCAGCGCAAAUGCGGUCGGCGGAAAGCCAAAGCUCAUGACAUUGAAAUGGUCGUACAGCUUGUGGGCAUCAUGGUGGUCUCCUGUAUCUGUUGGAGCCCGUUAUUGGUCAUUGUCAUCUUAUCAGUGAGCAACUCUCAUAAAGCUUUGAAUUAUGAUCAGCUGCUAUUCCUUGGUGUGCGGAUGGCCUCCUGGAACCAGAUCCUGGACCCGUGGGUAUAUAUAUUGCUGCGACGUGCAGUGCUGCGCAAGCUUCUGGCGCUAUUUCUAAGGCGCCCUGACCUCAAAACAACACACUUUGACCGCUGGGAGGCCAGCUCCUUCCAGAGCUCCGAGCGCAGUGUUGCUGCUGGUCGCAUCUAGUAUUGGGUGGAGAAAACAAGAGUUGAUCUACUUGAAAGCACUU